AUGACCAAAUACAAUCUUCAAACAGAUAAAUGGUUUACUGGUAUAUUUAGUAUACGAGAUCAAUGGAUACCCGCAUAUUUUAGGGAUAUCCCAUUAGGGGGGAUUUUGAGAACUACAUCUCGAUCACUUCACAUGACACUUGUUGAAUUUUAUAUGAGUUAUGAAAGUGCAAUGGAUGCACAGAGGUACAAACAAGAUAAGCUCAAUGCUGAAUCACUUCACACAAACCCACAAUAUAAAACACCAUUGCCGAUUGAAAAACAUGCCGGUGAAAUUGAAAGUGUGGAAAGUAUAACUGUUUUGGACUUAACGGUAAGUAAGAUGUACAAGGUGAAAUUUAUACUGGGAAGUUCGAUUGACGAGUUGAAGGUAGAUUGUGAUUGCAAGUUAUUUAAACGGAUAGGAAUAUUAUGUUCCCAUGCGAUUUGUGUUAUGAGUGCAAGACAAAUAACACAAAUACCAAAGCAAUAUGUUUUAGAUCGUUGGACGACGCUAGCAUUAAAGAAGCCUAUUUUUGAUUUGCAUGGGAAUCUGAUUGAAGAGAGCAAAAAGUGUAACAACGUGGGGAAGUUGUUGGGGGAAGUUUGGUGUGAAAUAUUCAAUUGUGUAGGUUUAGCUCAACGGAGUGAGAGUGAUUUACAAUCACUUUUACAAAACCUAAAAGAUAUUAGUAGAAAAUUGGAGGAAAGUGAUGAUGUGAGGGUGGACAUUACUAAAGAGCAACAAAUCGAAUUGUUAGUAGGCACAAGUUCAUCUUCGACAAUGGAAAUACAAAACCCAAUCCAAUCAAAGAACAAAGGAAAAAGGCAAAGAAUAAUUGGGGAAAAGGAACAAACUAUAUAG